GAAUUAAAAUUACGGAUACGUACAUUUAGUCACGACCAAACAUUCAAAAUUUCAGGAAUUCUGUGAUAAUUCCUAAAAUGAUCGGCACGUAUUACUUUGUUAUUGUAGGCCACAAUGAUAAACCACUUUUCGAAAUGGAAUUCACCAAUAGUAAAGAUCCUAAGAAAGAAGAUCACCGCCACUUGAAUCAAUUCAUCGCUCAUUCAGCUCUGGACCUCAUUGACGAACAUAAAUGGAAAACCCACAACAUGAACCUGAAGUCUGUCGACAAAUUCAACCAGUGGUUCGUAUCAGCUUUCGUUACGGCAAGUUUGAUCAGAUUCGUCAUUGUUCACGACAACCGAAACGAUGAUGGAAUUAAAAACUUUUUCUCAGAGAUGUACGAGGCUUAUAUAAAACAUUCCAUGAAUCCCUUCUAUGAAGAAGAUACACCUAUCAAAUCCAUUGCUUUUGAGAAGAAGGCACAACUGUAUGGGAAAAAGUACCUGUCUAGUUAAUGGUUGUUUUUAGUAUAUGUUUUUACUACUGGCAUCAUUCUGUUUCCUGAAGAUUGUCCUACUUAUUUAUUUCAAGAUGUAUAAUAGAUUUAAAAACAGUAUAGUUCAAGAAAUAUUUUAUAAAUCAGCAUAUUAUACACCGAAAAACUACGAAAAGUAAUGUGAAUUUCGACCUUUCAGUUGAGUCCUUUAUCUGUGAGAACAUAUUGGAAAUUGGAGUGAAAUAUAUUUCACUAGGAAUUGCCAUGUUUCAGAGGCAUUUUUAGAUUCCUGUACUAUUAAUACAAAUUCUAUGAAAUGAUAUUGUAAAUAGAGGUGAAUGAUCAUUGAUAAAAAUAUAUUUGACCAGCCACUUAGAACCAUUAUGAAACUUUUCUAUAAAAAUUGAUGUAAGUAAAUUAAAGUUAACAAAACUG